CAGAGCAGCAGUGACACACUGAAGAGGAGACAUCUGGCCCCUGGCUUUGCUAAGGAGACGCUGUCUUUGGCACGAUAAUAUUGCUGCAGUUCCCACAUUCACCUGAAUUGUCAUAUGAAUUCUGUGAUGUGGAUGUGCAUGUAAUAGAAAUAAUGGACCAGGACAGCAAGAGUGCUUCUCUUCAGCAAGAGGACAGCUUCUCAGUGCUGGAUCACGCUGAGGAAGGAGUUGUUGUUGCAGGAAUCAAAGACAACACAAUCUCUCCAAAAAGUGGAGAAAAGUUUGUUGCAGCAACAAUACAACUUGAUAAACUUGAGAAAAACGAUGUGAUGAAAAUCUUGAAGGUGCUGGAGCCAUACGAAAGCAACAUCAAUCUUCUGACAAAGAAGGACUUGAGCCCCGGUGUUGACCUUGGCUCUUUGGGAGUAGGGCUCAAAGAUUCGGCAGAGAUAUUACAGAAGGAUCUGUCGCUGGAUGCAUCAGCUCAGGGACCAACCGUUUCCCUUGAUGGCCUGAAUGGAAAGCUUAAUGGUGCACAAGGGUUGGGGGUAAAAAUAAGUGAACCGACUCUUAAUGGAGACCUUCCCAGUCUUAGCCUAAAUAAGCCAUCAACUGAUGCUGGUGCCACAUUUAAAAUGCCCUCAGCAGGGCUUACGAUGCCAGACAUAAAAUCAGAUUCAAGUGGAACCCUAAAAGUACCUGAUAUCAAUGUCUCCGCUCCCAAUCUUAACGCUCCCAUUGCAACACUAGACAUCAACAAACCAGAAGUCGAAGGCAAAAUGAAACGCGAGGCCCCGAAAUUCACAAUGCCACGCUUCAGUCUACCUCAUCUUGAUGCACCAAAAGCAGACAUUGAUGUCUCUGGUGAUCCAGGUCUUCCUUCAGUCAGUGGAAGUAUGGAGAGACCAGACCUCAACCUGUCAGCUCCAAAGUUAGAUUUGAAUAGUCCUGAUGUAAAUGUAAAGGCCCCAGAUGCUAAUAUUGAAGCACCCUCAGGGAAAAUCAAGUGGCCCCAUCUAAAAUGGAAAGGUCAAAAACUCAAAGGACCAGAUGCCAACUUAAAUGCUGACCUGUCCACACCUAAUGCCAGCAUUUCCACACCAAAGAUUGAUGGUGAUCUAAGUACCCCAGAUGUGAAUGUUGGCUCAGCUCAAGCUGAUAUUAAAGGCCCUGAUCUAGAUGUUCAAACCCCAGAUCUUAACGUUGAUGCCCCUUCUGGUAAGAUCAACUGGCCUCACCUGAAAUGGAAGAAGCCCAAACUUGAAGGAUCAAAAGCAGACUUGGACGUGGAUGCAGACCUAAAGAAACCUGAUUUAAGUCUUUCAGCUCCAAAGAUUGAGGGUGACAUUAAUGUACCAAAUGCUGAGCUGAGUCUUCCGGAAACAGAGCUAAAGGCCCCGGGUGUAGAUGUUCAUGGCCCAGACGCUGACAUUGAUGCUCCUUCAGGAAAAAUUAACUGGCCUCAUCUAAAGUGGAAAAAAUCCAAACUUAAUGGGCCAAAAGCUGAUAUGGACCUCAAUGCAGAUUUAAGCCCACCAGAUGCUUCAGUUCCAGAAAUUGAUGGGGAGAUUAGUACACCUGACGUGAGCCUCAAUUUACCCAAAGCUGACGUUGAUAUCAAAGCACCAGAUGCUGAUAUAAACCCACCUUCUGGCAAAAUCAAGUUCCCAACACUGAAAAAACCUAAAUUCUUGCUUGAUGUUGAUGCUGAUCUACAACGUCCAGAUCUAGGUCUGUCUGUUCCUGAUGUAAAUGCAAAGUUACCCAAUGCAGACUUGACAGCACCCAAUGUUGAACUAAAAGCAUCAGACUUGAGUCUCUCAGCCCCCAAAAUUGAGGGAGACAUUGGUACUCCAGGCAUUGAUGCUGGUCUCAAAACUGGCAUUGAUCUUUCUGCACCAAAAACUAACAUUAACAUACCAGACCAAGGCCUUUCUACCCCAAAGAUUGAAGGUCCCAACGUGAAUGUUGGUUUGCCUGGAACUGAUAUCAAGGCACCCAGUCUACAUCUGCCAAAAGCUGACCUCCAGUCAUCUGAUCUCAGCUUGAAAACACCAAAUGUCAACCUUUAUCCACCAAAAAUUGGUGGUAGUCUCUCAGCACCAAACAUAGACACGAGUAUGCCAAAAAUUGAACUGGAAGCACCCGAUGCCAAUGUGAAAUCUCCAGAUUUGGAUGUCAACCUGCCAAAAGCAGAUCUCAAAGAUUCCAAUAUCCAGUUGAAAACUCCAGAUCUGGAUUUGAAUUCCCACCUUGGUGACUUUAAAAUGCCACAUUACAAUCAUCCAAAACUUGAUCUUUCAAGUCCUGAAGUAGAAGCUCCCAGUAUUAAUCCCACAGUUGAGGCUGGAAUUAAGGUACCUGGAGUCAGCACAGAUAUGCCUACAACAGAUGCACACAUCUCUGUUCCUGCAGUAGAUUUGAAUGCACCAAAUGUAGGUGAUAUUAAAGGACCCAAUGUAGAUGUGAAAGCUCCAGAUGUAGAUGCAAGUCUUGAAAAGCCCAAGAUGCCACAUUUCAAGAUCCCAAAGUUUAGUCUCUUUGGAUCUAAACCAAAAUCUCCUGAGACUAAUGCCCGUGCAGAUCUUGAGGGGAGUGGCUCUGACUCUGAUGUGGUGGAGGUUCCUGUAUUCAAGUUCCACAGACUGCCCCAAACCAACAUUGAUGGCAUCGAAGGAAUUACUGAUGCACUGAGAUCAAUAAAAUCUGACUCGGAGGAGAAGGAUUAUGUUUUCAGUAAAGGAAUCCGCUUGCCAGUAGUGAAUGCAACAGCAAACGGAGGAGAAAAGAUUGACAUUUUGGAGAGAUUGAAAAUUGCAAGAGAAAAGGCGUCCUCAGUGAAUGUGUCACCAACAGAAGAGAAAACUGAUAUUGACCUACAACACACUGGCGCAGGUCUUGAUGCUAAUACAGGUGCAGGAGAUUCGUCUUUGGUCAGAGGAGGCACUUUCAAAGUAGACAAACCAGAGUCUACGCUGGGGCUGACCGUACCUGAUAUUUCUACAUCAGAUGAAAGUGACAAAUAUUCACUGAGCCUUUCUAAUAUGCUUUGCCUUAAUGUCAAGGAUUCUGAUGCCAACUGAUCGUUCAAAGGUUGGCCUGAUAAAUGAAGCUCCAGUCCAUAAAUGUAUGAAUACAUGCAGCUUAACUGAUGUUCAUGUUUUAGUUUGUGACAUAAAAAGAGAGACUAGCUGUAACUAAUCCAUGCUAAAUUGUCCAUCUUGUUGUAAUUUUAAUAAUAAUUUAGCGUAAUAGAGUUCAGUUGUUGAUACAAUCUAUGUAUAUUUUCCUGUUAUUUAUAAGCUUUUUCUAAAUGUUAAUUUGAAAUUACUUUACUUUCAGUAUUGCUUGUGAUCACCAUAAUCUUUGUCUAAGUGCUUUACUAAAUAUUUUAAAGGAUAAAUGAAUUGUGUGAAUGUG